AUGGCCGCGCCGAUCUACAAUCCCGUCGUACCAUGCGUCCACCCCAUCCCCGGUGGCUUGUACCCUGGCCGCAUGAUCAGGGUUCAAGGAAACACACCACCUGGAGCUCAGAGAUUCGCCAUCAACUUCCAGUGCGGUCCCAACACCGACCCUCGUGACGAUAUCGCACUCCAUCUCAACUUCCGUUUCGUUGAGAUGUGUGUCGUCAGAAACCACCUUACAGCCAUGAGCUGGGGGGUUGAAGACACCAACGGUGGCAUGCCCUUGAAUAGAGGGGAGUCCUUCGAGGCCCUGAUUCUGUGUGAGCCCCACGCUAUUAAGGUGGCAUUGAACGGCCUCCACUUCUGCGAGUUCCCUCACCGCGUGCCUUUCCAGAGAAUCUCCCAUCUCACCGUCGACGGUGAUGUCCUGAUCCAGUUCAUCGGAUUCGAAGGUGCUGCGCCCCCACCGUCCCAGAUGUAUAUGUCCGAGCCUCCCGCAUACGGUGCGUACGGAGCCCCACCCACAUACGGAGCCCCUGGCUACGGGGCCCCUCAAGCUUAUGCAGGAGGAGAGAUGCAGACUUAUCAAACAAGUACUUACGCUCAAAGUCAGCAACGAUCAGGGAUUGGCACGGGCGCCGCUGUUGGACUGGGAGUGGGCGCACUGGCUGCGGGCGGUUUAGCUGGGUACGCGAUCGCUGGCGGCUUCCGCAGCAGUAGUCCUCCUCCGGAUGCGGUCGACGCUGUUGAUUUCGCAGACGACUGGAUGGAAUGA